UGUGCGUGAGUGCGUACGGAACGCGUCUCGAAAAAAAUAGUUCGGCUCUUUAGUCUUUGCUAAAUCGCUAUUGCCACUCGUCAGUGAAGAUGAGAACAUAUUCUUAACGACACGUCGAUCGGAUCCACCUGCGAAUUGUUAGUUUGAAAAUUAAUACUUUAAUCCUUAAAUACAAUUAGUGCUGUCAUCCCAAGGCGUACCUUGUACUUUAUAUUAAUUAUUCGAAAGUUGUGCCGUACAUCUAGCCGUUAAAGUUUCAUCAUUACUAGUGGUGGACAAUCGUGGACUGUGAUUUAAAAGAAUAAUUGAAUCCCAUCUGAUACGGUCAUACAUAAUAUAUUUAUACAUAUUACACCUGCUGGGGUGUAAAAUCCGGCAACGUCGCGCACGCAUUGUGGUUGGGAGCAUGACAAAUGCGUGUACUACACUGUUACAGCGUUGCCGUGAUUUGAUCCAGAACGUAUCCGAACAGCCGCCACCGAACGCCGUUGGAUUCUAAUAAUCUAAUCAAUGAUCCGCGUUUUCCUUUCUCUCAACUUCUUAACAACAAUAACAACAAUAUUAAUAAUAUUAAAAAACUAUUGGUGUAUUGAAACUUUAUUACUUAAAUAAUUUUUUAGUUCGUUUUGCUCGUUCCGUUUGUCAACAUUUUCGUAUAAUGGAGGUAGACGAGUUCGAUUCUGGUCGUUCUUCGUCGACUAUUUCGUCGAUAAACAGUCUGUUCUCUUUCACCAGCCCGGCCGUUAAGAAACUGUUGGGCUGGAAACAAGGUGAUGAGGAAGAGAAAUGGGCAGAGAAGGCUGUUGACGCGCUUGUAAAGAAAUUAAAAAAAACCAAAGGUGCCAUCGAAGAAUUGGAAAGAGCGCUAAGUUGUCCAGGACAGCCAAGCAAGUGUGUUACUAUACCGAGAAGUCUAGAUGGCCGGUUGCAGGUACAUUUUAAUAAUAUUAACCAACCAUCUUAAAUUAUUUAUUAAGUAACUUAUAAAUAAUGUUUUAUUUGUAUAGGUGUCUCACCGUAAAAGCUUACCACACGUCAUAUACUGCCGUGUAUGGCGAUGGCCUGAUCUUCAAACCCAUCAUGAGCUUAAACCACUUGAUCAUUGUCAGUUUCCGUUUUCUACCCAAAACAAACAAAAAGAUGUUUGUAUUAACCCAUAUCAUUAUAAACGUGUUGAAAGUCCAGGUAAGCCUAACUUAUUUAUUUAACAUUCAUUCUUCUUUAAUAUUAUUUUACCGACAUUUGUAUUAUUAAUACAAGUUGAAUACAUUUUUGAUACUAACUCCAAUAUGUUAUUUACUAGCUACUAAUCAACUAGUGUUUUUUAUAACCAAUUUUGUAAUUCACAAUACUAUCAAUGUAUUUUGUUUUGAUUAGAAAUAUUGUUUAUUGUUUGUUAUAUUAUGUUAAAUAGGUAGUUAAAUUAAUUAAACACUUAAAAUAACUAUGUUAUUUACAAUUAAAAACAAUAAACCUAUUAGUUAAUGCAACUAACCUACUAUUUUUGACAUCCCUAUUAUUAGUAUGAUUGUUUCCAGAUUUUAUUCCAUUAUCACCAAAUAUUGUAAAUAUUUCAUAGUAUAUUAGAACUUAAUAGACAAUCAUAAAAUAUCAUUGCAUAGUAUUAGGUACCUGUACACAAGCAAUUAUUUUUAACUGUUAUGGUCUUUCGUAUUCUAGAAUUGUCACUUUGGAACGAUAGUUAAUGGAUGCAUUUAAAAAUCCUGAUGUAUGGUAUCAAAACUGUACAAAAAUCUGUCACAAAAUCAUCCAUUAUCAGGCAUUCCAAAAAUGUUGUUAUAAAAUCCUCUUGGAAUUUUAGUUACACGGUACAUAUCCGGUUUGAUGUAAUCUGACAGUUAUUAUACCAAUGACCAGCGACUGAUCUUUGUACAGUUUCUCCUUUGUCCACUAAGAAGACAGUAACGUUGUGUAGUGGGAAAUGACAGAUCAGAACUGUGACAUUCCAAAACUGACAAAUAAAAACAUUGGUUAUGGAUCGUGGUUCAAAACUAUCAAAAAAACUCUUUGUGCAUGACCUAUGAUUAUAAUUUUUAUAAAAUAAUAAUCAAACGUAUAUGAAAACGAUGUAGGAGUGUUUUAACGGUAAAUUAAUAAUACCAUAGUGUGUUUGUCGAAUAAGUAUCUGAUAAUGACUUGAAAAAUAAUUUAAUCGAAAAAAGUGUUUGUAAUAUGGAACGAUAACGAGUUUGUGUAUAAAAUAAACAAUUUUAAAUGAAAAAAGCAAAAUUAAGUGGCGUUAAAGAGGUUCAAGAUGCGGACAGGUACACUUUAGAAUACCUACUGGCAUAAUAUUGAUAAAUUGUAGAAUUAUUGUCGCCGAUAUGAAUUUUGUUAUUUUAUAAUUAAUAAUUAUAAUAUUAUAUAAUUAAUAUUANUAUGUUAUAGGCAUAGUUUUACAAUGUUUUAAAACAAAAUAUUAUACACUAGAUAUCAUAUUAAAUAAAUAACUAUAGUUUGUCGAUAAAUGUUUGAUAUAGUAGAUGACAUAUUGGAUAAAUGCUACAAUUUUAUACAGAAAUAUAAAAAUUAUAAUUUUCAAUACUUACUCUAAAUAUCAACUGUAUGUAUAUUAAAGUACAAUUCUGUAACUGCAAUAACACACUUAGGAUUAAUCUUAACAGUAAAUUGCAGUACUCAAUAGGUAGAAAUUAUAGGAUAUUUAAUGUUGUAUUAUUGUAGCUACAGGAUUAUAUCAAUAUAUACAGGUUGAUUCAAAAUUUAUGUUACAGCAAUUUUGUCAUGUAAAUAUUCAAAAAACAGAAAUUAUAUAAUACAAACAUUUUUUUGAUUUAUAAACAUCUGUUGUAAUUUCUAAUUUUUUUUUUUUUAUUGUCUUUUUGGAAGGAUUUUGAGGAUCAACUUUUGAAAUUCAAAUGAUAAUAUAUUUAAAAUUGGAUAAAUAGAUGAAACGUUAGUUCAAAUAAAUUUCAAAAAAUAAUUUUAAUGUUUAUAAAUCAAAAAAGUGUUUUAUUAUACAUUUUUCUUUAUUUUGAAUAUUUACUUAUAUUAAUACUUUUAUAAAAAUAUGGUUGUAAAAUAAAUUUUGAAUUAUCAUUUAAGUAAUUGAAUCAUAAUCUAUGAUCUUAUAUCAGUUUAUUCAUUGUUUAAUUUUAAAAUGUGAUAUGCAAGUAAUACUUCUUAUAUUUUAUUAUUCUUUUGAAAUUUGAAAUUUUAUUUAAGUUGUUAAAUUGUUUAUUUUGUCCAUUCAAAUAAAUUAAGAUUAAAAUAGUGUAAUAUAGUGUUCUUGAAUAUACCUAAAUUUAAAUUAAUUAUAGUUUAAUUAGAAAUUAUGGUAUAUUUGUCUUUAAAUAAUUAUAUUCAUUUAUAGAUAUUAUGUUAAACUAUUAGUUAUUUUUCAGUCUUACCUCCAGUAUUGGUACCUAGACAAAGUCAACUACCACCUAUGAUGUUUCGUCAAGGUCAAAUGCCAGAAAAUCUUCAAUACAACAAUUAUAACCAAGGACCUAAUUCUCCAUCAUCAAGUUCUCCACCGAGCAGCCCUUUUCAGAGUAGUUCAAUAUCAGGUACAUCUCAUAUUUUAUCAAAAAUAAGUAAUAGAUACUUACUUCUUAAAAUAUUGUUUUAGAAUUGGGAAGUUCACCUGGUCUUGAUGAAAAAGCUAUGAGUCCUGCAUCUGGUACACAAGUCUUGUAUCAGGUAUAAAACAACAAAGUGUAAAACAUUUUUGUAAUAUACUUAUGAAUUAUAUGUAUUUAGGAACAAGCUAGUUGGGCAAGUAUAGCAUAUUAUGAAUUGAAUAGCAGAGUUGGAGAAUUAUUUCAUUGUCAAUCUCCUGUUGUAGUUGUAGAUGGUUUUACACAUCCAAGCAAUAAUUUGAACCGAUUUUGCCUUGGACAACUGUCCAAUGUUAAUCGAAAUCAAACAAUUGAAAACACAAGACGACAUAUUGGAAGAGGUAAUUAUUUACUACACAAUAAAACACUAUUUUGAUUUUAUUUAUUUUAUAAUAUAAAACAGAAAUUGAAAAUUUAUUUCAUAAAUUACUUUUUUACAUAGUAAUAUAUAAUUAAUAGUUGAUGCUCUCCCCUCUAGGUGUUUUCUUCAUUUAUUAAUUUUUAGUCUAGAUAUAUUAUAAUAAAUUAUGAUAUUUAAUUUACUCUAGCUUUCACUUGUAACUUGUAAUUGACUUGCAUAAAUAUGUAUAAACUCUUUUUAAUGAAAUACUUUAUGUUACGUAAAAAUUUCUUUUGGUUUUAUAACCCAUAAAUUAGUAUUUGUCUCUUUCUCCAUUGCGAAAACUCUUUACAACAAAAAAAAAAUCUUUUGGUUCCUUAGGUUCAUUGUAAAGAGUUUUCACAGGUAUACAUAGAGUUAUACACAGGUAUAUAUAUAUGUGGGAUUUUUUAAACAUGUUCACCCUAUUUUUAUGGUUAAUUAAUGCAUUUAUUCAAAUUCUGAUUUUUUGAAUUUUUAUAUACCUAGAUUUUUUGCAACAUUUAAGGAGUAGUCUGUGGCAAUAUUAACUUUGGUUUUUUUGAAUGAAAACCUGCAUGUUUUAAUGAAAAGUAAGAAUUUGAUGGUUUCUCUCAAAAUGUUGACCAUUUUUAAUUGAAAUUCGAACAAAAAAUGUCUGAAUUAUUUUACUUUCUAAAUUGAGAAUUUAAAAUAUACCAUUAAUCUAGUAUUCACCAUCCUUUAAGGAUGUAAUACAGGAGGGAAAUAGUCUAUAUGUUAUUUCUGGUCUAGAACUACAUCUAUACAAAGUUUCAGUUUAAUUCGUUCAGUAGUUUCGACAUAAAAGAGUAACAUACGUCCUCACAAACUUUCACAUUUAUAAUAUUAGUAGGAUUAAUCGAUUAUAUUAUGAUUAUUUAUUUACGUUUAUUACAAAAUAUUUUACUUAUUUUUCUUUAUUACAAAAUCGAGACUAAAACCAUGUGUAAUACCAUAAGCCUGUAAUAAUAAUAAUAUUGAUCUGUUAAAUCCACAAAUAAGUGCAAAAUGACUGAACAAUGUAAUAACUAAUAAUGUACAAUAUGUAAGUACUAGCUAAUAGGACAUUUAAAUAUUUAAUGGAAAAAAACCAGAUAAAGUAAUAAGGUUUCAAUAAAAACUCGUUUAUAUGUUCAAGUUUAAAAUGGUUUGAGGUUCUUAAAGUGUAUACAGGAUAAAAAUAAAUUUUAAUUUUCAACCGUUAUAAUGCCAUUAUAUUAAAUUACUAAUUAACAGUAAUCUAUUGGUCAUGAAUUUAACUAUAAUAAUUAUUAUUAUAAGAGGACAAAUAAAAUUGAAUGACAACCCCCCCUCCCUCAAAAAAUUCUUGGGUCUGUCCUAUUCAUCCACACAUAACUUGUUAUUUUUAUUUUUUAUAUAUAUAAUAUGUUUAAUAACUAAUAAGUCCCUUGCCUUAAGUUCUACCAAAAAGUCACAAUUGUUAAAGUAUGAUGAGUAUUUAUUGAUGUAAUACCUGUGAAGCAAACAGAUAAGACAAAUUGUGAGGCUUUGCACCUACAUAGCAAAACUAUGACACACCUGCAAUGUAAAUUGUGGUGUUUAGGUUGAUACAAGAGUUAAAACAAAAAUAACAAAAUUUAAAAAGAAGAAUAUUUACAUGAGCUGUAUCUAAAUAUUUUCUAAAAAAUUGUCUUUAAAAAAAAAAAAAGUCAGACAUACUUUGCACCAUGAGUGGGUCAUUGAUAUAGGUGAAAAAUUGGAAAGGUAGGAUAUAGAAAGGAAAUUAAUAUUUAUCUGUACGCAACAAUUAAUCACUGUCUUGCUGAUAUAGCCUUAUUAAUGUUCUGUAUUAUUACUUGUUUUCUGUUUUGUCAUACGAAUAAAUAAAUCAUUGCUAAUGAAAAAUGAUUCUGAACAGCGUUCGAUUAUUCAUGUUUUGAAAAACAGUAAUGUUUACAGUUUUUGUCAAAAAUUCUUAUUAAAAAAUAAUUCUACAUUACACUUUCUUUCUUUUUUGAUACUUUAAUCAAGCUUCAGUUAAAUUUUCAAGCAUUUCUGUUUGGUCUAACAAUUUUAUCCGUACAGUACCUACUGAAUUAAAAUGUUGUAAAAAGACUCAGAUUCAAAUAUAUAAAUAGCUCAAAAUUGAUUAAAUUAAAUAUUUUGAAAAUUUGUUCACGUCUAAAAAAGCCAAAAAUAGUUUUCAGUCAAAAUAUCAAGUUUCUAUGAAUAUUUUUAACUAAAUUGUAACAAAAAAUUAAAAAUUAUUAAUUACGUAAAUUUUUUCAUUUUUCGUAUGUUUUUCAAAAUCUACAUUUAUUUUAAAAUCGCUUAAAAAAUCAAAAAGUGACUUCCCUAAAUUACUACUUUAAUAAAAUUGUGUUCAUAGUAGAAUGGCUUUUAAAAAGUGUGAACAACUGUUGGUGGUGUAUUUUUAAGAUAAUUUUUUUGAUUGUCCGUGUAGUUUUCCUAUUAUUUGGUCAAAAAAUAUAGAAAACUGACAUUUUCACAGAAUACUUAUAUUAUCUAGCUAAGUAAAAUUUUCAAACAAUUCUGGUGACUUGAUUUUUUUAACCAACGCAUCAUUGAGUAGAUUUUUUUUUAUUUUUAUAAGUUAUAGUUUAAAUUAAAACUUAUGGAAUUUCAAAACAUGUAUAACUUAAUUUUGCUUAGUCAUUUUGGUUAGCAAUGGUAUAGUGUUACACACAGGUAUAAAUAACUGUUUGUAUCUUUUUCUUUAAAACUUUUCACCAUCAGCACUAGAGAAUCAACUCUUUUUUCCUCUAUUACUUGGUAUUGUUGGAUAUUUUAAGGAAUAAUUUUUAUUUGUAGAUUAACUUGGCAGAACUAAGGAUUGAGUAACAAAUAGCAAACGCUUAAAUAUAUAUUUAAUGGGGUUUUUUUCUUGGCUGUUGUUUUUCUUAUUGUGGUUAAUUAUUUAAAUGUUUGGCAUUCAUUUUGGUUUACAUAUCUAAAAUAUACAUCAUCUUAUUAUAAAAAAUGACUUAAGAUUAAUUUUAAUAAGUUAAAGAAGUAGGGGUGGCAUUAACAUAAUAUGGUAAGAGACCAUUAAUUCUUGUUCUUAAAAAUUUAAUUUUUGUCUGCAUGAAUAAUUAUUGAAUUAAAAUAAAUACAGAUACAUUUAUUACUAUUUGGUAUACUUGAAAUAAUUUAUUAUAAUUAAUUUGUAUUUACAAUACUAGUUUCCAUUUUCUUCAAAUGAUGUGUAUGAUGCGUUUAUACUAAACGUGUACAUUAUUUUUUAGUAUACUAAAAAUAAUUUUAUACAUUUGAAUUUAUCUACAUUGUACUUUUAGUUAAUAAAUGAAUUAUAAUUAAAAUAUACACAAUAUUACACAUGACAUACAUGUAUACCUCAUACAUUACAAAACUAUUAGUUAUUAAGAAAGCAUCUGGAUGUGUUGUCUCUGUCUUACCACCACAUAACAUAGCAAAUUUCCGUUCGGCAGGGACAACUCUGUACUAUUAUUUUUAAUAUUAGAGUGAAUUGACUUAUCUAAGUGUCAAAUUUAAAGAUAAAAACAUUAACUGUUUAACAAAUUGCUAAGCAAGAUAUGAGUGUAAAUAUCACAAUUUAAAAAUAUUUACAUCUCACUUAAAAAUAAAAAUUGCGAGAAAAAAAUUGACGACAGCACAGAGUUGUCUUUGUUGAACUAAAAUUUACUGUUGUGUAAUGUUGUAAGACAGAGAUAGUACAUGCGGGUAUAACAUCCUCUAACAGUAUAAAAUGCAAGAAAAUAGUUUAAAAAUAAAUACUUAAAUUUAAAUUAAGUAAUGUUAAAUAAAUCAUACAUAAGUUAUUCAUUAUACAAUGUUUAUUAUUAAUAAUAUUAUUAUUUAAUUUAGGCAUUCAAUUGCAUUACAUUGGUGGAGAAGUAUAUGCAGAAUGUUUAUCAGACUCUGCUGUGUUCGUACAGUCACGUAACUGCAACCACCAUCACAAUUUCCAUCCAUUAACUGUAUGUAAAAUACCUGCUGGAUGUUCUUUACGAAUCUUCAAUAACCAACAAUUUGCAACUUUACUCACAGAAUCUGUAAAUUCUGGUUAUGAAGCAGUAUUUGAGCUUACUAAAAUGUGCACAAUUAGGUGAAUUUUACUUAUUAUAAUUUGGUAUUUAUGUGACAAAAUAUGUAUAUUUAUAAAUUUUGUCUAUUUAGGAUGUCAUUUGUGAAAGGCUGGGGGGCUGAGUAUCACCGCCAAGAUGUUACAAGUACUCCAUGUUGGAUAGAAAUCCAUUUAAAUGGACCACUACAAUGGUUAGACAAAGUUUUAUGUGCCAUGGGAUCCCCUCGCAAUGCUAUAUCGUCAGUUUCAUAAACCAAAAUGCUUAUUACAUUUAUUUUUCUAGUAUGAAGGUAACAUUUAAUUCUUUCUGUAAACUAAAAUGUUAUCAACACGAAUUAGAUGUAUAAGUUGUACACAUUAGUAAAAUAAUUUUAAUACAAAAUAUCAUUAUUAUAGUAUUUUAUAAAAAAAUAAACUUACAUUUUUAAUUUUUGUAAUUCAAUGGUUGUUUUAUUUUGCUAUAAUGUAUGUUUUUGGUGCUCGCUAUUCUUAUUAUUUUAUUUAUUGUUUUUUAUUUUAAAUUAUGUUUAAAGUUUUGAAGCUUUUAACAAAAAUAAAAAAUAUAUAUCUUCAUUACUUAACAGAUUAUAAUAAUAUUUUCUAAUAAAAUUAUAAAUGACAAAUGUUCAGUAAUGAUGUAUGACAUUAACUGUGAACAAAUUGUGUAAUCACAAUGUUUUUAUAAGCUCUCUUAAUAAAUUAUAUUUCAUAUAAAUUUUUUUUUGGACAACCAGAUUAUAAUCUCAUUAAUAAUUUAAUUUAUAUCAAUAUAAGUUGUAAUUAUUCAUUACAAUUUUUAAUUAUUUUGUAAUUUGUCUUAAGCUUCUGUAAGACAGUAUUAUCAAAUUAUUACAUAUUCUGUAUUUGUUGUAAAUUAUGACUAAUUACAUUUGAGUUAAUUUAUUAUUAUAAUGAUAAAACAAGUAUAUUAUGUUAUUUACAGUAGUCAAAUAUAUGAUGUACAGGUUAUUUUGCUUUUUUAUAUGAGAAGUUAUCGGUGACAGUGGUAUUGCUUAGUCUCGAUCACUUCAUAAAUUAGAAUAUAGUAGUUUAAAUCAGUAAAAAUAAUAUAUUUAAAAUUGUUUAUAAUAAAAUUGCAAUAUAAAAAUGUUUUAUGAGCUUAUAUUUAUAUUGUUGAAUUUAUUAAAGUAAGUUUUCAACCAAUGUUCCAAUAAUGUAACAUUUUUGUUUGGUUUAUUAUUAUAAUAAUUAUAAUUUUUUUUUUAGUUACAUACAAUUUUCCUAAAAAAUUCAGUUUAUUGUCUUUAUAUUAUAUUUUAUUAUAUUGAUCUUAUUUAAUUAAUAUUUUGAAUGUAAAUUAUAGUAUAUUUUGAACAAAUAAAUAUAUAC